AAUAUGACCUUCUCUAGUUUCUCCUCCAAUAAACAUUUAAAACAUUGUUCCAUUUUCCAGAAUUCAAAAUUCCCAAAAACUCUGGGAUUUUCUCUUUCUCUCUCAAACUCUCAUAAUCAAAAGAUCUGGAUACCAAAAAUCCAGCGAUACAGAGAGAGAAAGAGAAAUCGAGCUUAUCGAAUUAGGGCAUUAUAUAGUAUUGUGUUCGAUUUAAUCCCCAAAAAUUAGGGCUUGGUCCUUAAUUUUCGAUUGAAUCGAUUAAUGCAUUCAAUUAUUAAAGCUUAGGUUUAAAUUGCGGAAUCGAGUUUUCUUCAAUUCGAUUCUGGAAUGAUUGAAUGAAGGUAAUUUGGAGUUAAUUGAAGAACAAAACAAUGGUGGCGCCGAGGAUUUUGAUUGGAGGUGGAGGAGAUGAAGCGAGAUUUCGAGAUGAAGAAAGCGCGAAAGUUGAGGAUUCUCCGUCGAGUAAGAAACCUAGAUUAGAAGGAAAGUUUCCAUUGACGAGAUGGGAGCUUGCUGUUGCUAUGGCGGUGUUCUUCGUUUUCGCCAUUGGUUUGUUCUUCAUUUUCUUGAAAAUGCCUGCUGCUGAGUAUGGCAAGAUUAAAUUGCCUCGCACUAUCUCCGAUCUUCGAUUGCUCAAAGACAAUCUUGCAUUGUACGCAAAUGACUAUCCCGCGCAGUUCAUUCUUGGCUACUGCUCAGUAUAUAUCUUCAUGCAGACCUUCAUGAUUCCGGGGACAAUUUUUAUGUCCUUGCUGGCUGGGGCUCUUUUUGGUGUUACUAGAGGCCUUGUCUUGGUUGUGUUUAAUGCGACUUCUGGAGCAUCGUGCUGCUAUUUUCUGUCUAAAUUGAUUGGCAGGCCCAUAGUUAACUGGUUGUGGCCUGAGAAGUUGAGAUUUUUCCAAGGCGAGAUUGCAAAGCGUAGAGAGAAGCUAAUGAAUUACAUGCUUUUCUUGAGGGUUACCCCAACUCUGCCAAAUCUUUUUAUCAACUUGGCGUCUCCUAUAGUGGAUAUACCAUUUCAUGUCUUCUUUCUUGCUACAGUUGUUGGUCUUAUUCCGUCCUCGUUUAUCACUGUGAGGGCUGGACUUGCCCUCGGAGAGCUGAAGUCAGUGAAAGAUCUCUAUGAUUUUAAAACACUUGCCGUGCUUUUCCUCAUUGGUUCUGUCAUUAUAUUUCCCGCUGUUUUGAAGAGGAAGCGAACCUAUGAAUGAGAUAAGACAUGUUUCCGUUACCCUUAUGGUUCUAACUGAAGAUAAUGAUGACAAAGUUAUAUUCUUGUUUGGAUGAUUUUAUGGCUGGCAAGACUUUGGAUCACUCGAAUUGAAGUUGGUCUCUGAUAUUUGUAUGUAUACCAUAAAGUGGGUGGUAAAAUCAUAUAUUCAACAGUUUUUCUCACUACCUUAUAGUAAGAGCUACUGCAGGUCUUAAUUAGUAGUCUUAAUCAGCGGAUUACUUAUAGAAGAGCACGGUGGGUGGCAAAUUUGCGAUGCCGAUCUUCCCGCUCUCCUAUGUACAUCAGAUAAUGGGUGUAACAAAUAGCAAUUGUAUGAAUUAAUGUUCGUAGUAUUCGCAUUACUUAUAGCAAUAUUUCUGAAAAAUUAGAUUGUUUCGAUGUACUUUCUCCACCCAUGUUCACUUGUGAAUAUUGUUAGCUGGUAUCUGCAGAAUCCAAUUCUUGCUAAACAGUUGGUAGAAUAAUCUAUUACAAACUCGUAGGUGUGUGACUUGUA